CACCUCUGUACGGGAAAUUACUCGUUGAUUGGGAGCACAUAUACAGUUGAUAUUAUCCGUUCAAAACACGCCCGCAGACUUCGGUGAAAAGAGCUCAGAAUUGUUUUAUUUUGGUAGAAGACAUCAAUUUUGAAUUCUUUAACAAUGAAGAUGGAGGGCAGUGCUGAAAACGUGUCCACCAACUCCGAGUCUCCGACCAGAGACACUCCAGGCCGCGAAAAGCUCCGUUCUUGGCUCAAUCGGACGCUGAAAAUCGAAAUGACCGACGGUCGAGUCCUGAUUGGGUCUUUUCUCUGCACCGACAGAGAUGCCAAUGUGAUCUUGGGCAACUGUCGAGAGUAUCUCGGAGGAGACGAGCUGAGCACCACCGAGGAGCCCAGAGUGCUUGGAUUGGUCAUGGUCCCUGGAAGGCACAUCGUCACUGUCCACAUCGACGAAAUGCCCUACUACUGCUCCAAAGAAGAAAUUGUCUGAUUAUUUUACAAUAUAACCAAAAUAGUCUGUGUGGUCCAACAGGACAUUGGCAAAAGUGGCCACUUACGGCGCCGUAAUAACUGUGAGCGCUGCCUUUUACAUAAAAUCCAAAAUCGAAGACCGUCUGAAGAGUCAGCCGUAUUUCAAAACAGCUCUUCGGCAGUUGGAAGA